GCAUUUUUUAUUUCAAUGGAAACAGAACCAUCAAAUACCCAGCUACUGUACACUACCUUAAGAAAUCCAGAUACAAUCGAAAUGCGUAACAACCUGAAAGGCCAUCUGAUGAAUGAGCAAAGUGAAAAUAACACUGGACUUGAUUUCAGUUUAAACUUGUCUAACAGUAUAUCUGAACAUCAAAAUUUAAUAACUGAUUCUUCCUUACGACCAGUUCAUGCUGAGGUUUGUGUAUCACCAUAUAAUUGUGAAGAGUUCUCUACCAUUGAAUUGUGUGUUGUUGAAUUUCUACGUCAUCUUGGUCCCCGACAUAUACCAACUGUUUUUAACAAACUUGAUAAUGAAUUAAAUUUUAUACCACAGGAAGGCCACAUGAAAAAAGUUCAUGAGAUUCUUACUAACUGUGUUGUUUCAAUUGAUUACAUGUCUACCAGCUGGUUAGUGGUGAUGAAGCUUUACCAGUGCAAGAAUUAGUUGAAUUCGGUUCAGAGUCAAUUAACGGUGGGACUACAUGGCUACUUCCCUCAGUGGAAAUGUCAGGUCUAUGGGAAUCACUUAUUUUCGAUUCAACUAUAAACUAAAUUUGUUACAGUAUGCUCAAACUGCACUGCUAUUUGCUGACCUAAAAGUAUCUUCCUCUGUGAUUUCUUGGAAUCGAGUCAUUCUACUGUAUGGUCCUCCAGGUACUGGUAAAACUUCACUCUGUCGAGCAUUAGCUAAUAAAUUAGCCAUACGAAUGGCUGAUCGGUACUCAUCAACACAGUUAAUUGAAAUUAACACAAUGAAUUUGAUGUCCAAGUGGUUUUCAGAAAGUGCACGUCUUGUAUCGAAAAUGUUUGAUGCUAUCAAGGAAUACUUGGAGUCACGUGAUCAUUUGGUGUGUUUAUUAGUAGAUGAAGUUGAAAGUUUAACAGCUGUAAGAAGUUCAUCAAUGUCAGGCUGUGAGCCAAGUGAUGCUAUUCGAGUUGUAAAUGCUGUUUUAACUCAAAUUGAUCAGAUUAAACGAUUCCCUAAUAUCUUGAUACUGGCCACUUCAAACGUAACAGGUGUUAUAGAUCCAGCAUUUUUAGACAGAGCUGAUUUACGUAUAUUUAUUGGUCCACCUUCACCACCAGCUAUUUAUUCAAUCUAUCGUUCUUGUUUACUAGAAUUAAUUAGAGUUGGGUUAAUCAAUUCCUCAAAAGAUAACCGACUAUUAAGUUAUCAAACAUUAGCAUCAGUACAGUUUACAGAGAAUCAGGUUAAUUCGUUGAGUAUUUCACUAUGGCGUCUAUCCGAAUGUAGUCUUGGUUUAAAUGGUCGUACACUGCGUAAACUACCGCUAUUAGCGUAUGCAUUUCACCUUAAUAAAGUGAUCCCUGAUAUGCGAUACAGCCUUGCCCUACACUAUCGUCAUCGAGUUCAUUUACCGCAAGAUGGUAAACAAGAUUCAUCUGUUGUAAAUGAUAGUAUAUCCUGUUGUAAUCUUAGCACAUCAAGUAUGAAUAUGCAUGAGGUGAAUAAUUCAUCAAUAGCAUCAUCACUACCAACAUCACUUUCGAAUUGUGCUAAACCGAUUACAAUUUCACUUCAGUCAUUUAUUCAUGCCUUACAAUUAACUGUGGACGCACAAUUCACCGAGUUGAAAUCUCUUGAUUCAGCAUCGUCUGGAAAAGCAGGACGUCUGAUUUGAAGUCAGUAAAAAAAAGGAUGAAGAGGAAUUCAAUCCGUGAUUUCCUCCUCUACGUCUCUGCCGCUUCCUUGCAUUUCUCGCUGUUCUUGUAUACCUCUUAGACAAGUUGCAUUUAACAAAAUUGAGUUGUAUUUUGUCCUCUUAUCUGUUUGUGUUUAUUAUUCUUUUAUGAUGAGUUUUGUUAUGAUCGUUAUUAUUUUUAUAUAAAUAGGAUGGCAAAACACAGUGUUGUAUUAAACUUCCCAAUUUGCCUUUUAUCUUCAACACAAUAAUUAUAAUUAUGUCAAUAUGUUAUUCACAGAGACGUAAUUGUAACUG